AUGACAUCCGAAGCUAUCGAGUACCAGUAUUAUCAAAUUAAAGCCCGAUUCCCGGACACAGAUUCCAGUCCCGACGAUGGCAUUAACCGCAGGGUUUUUGUCCGACAGGAAAUCGAUGAAUGGAGCGGCAAGAAGUCGAACAAAAGGCAGGUUGACCUUUUCAUCCUGGCUCUGGACAAGUUUCAGAAGUUGGAUCCCAAAGAAAGACUCUCCUACUUUCAAGUCGCUGGUAUCCAUGGACAACCCUUUGUACGAUGGGAUGAUCCGAGCCCAGAGCCCAUGAAGAGCGGCUACUGCUUUCACUCCCAUGUGAUAUUCCCUAUCUGGCACCGGCCGUAUGUCCUUCUGUUUGAGCAAGUCGUGUAUGACAUUAUGAUCCAGGAGGUCAUCCCCCAAUUCCCGGAGAAUCAUCAGGCCUCCUGGCGUCAACAUGCCGAAUCGUGGCGCCUGCCCUUCUGGGACUGGGCACGAAAGGGCCGUGUUCCCGACCUGGCCAAAUACCCCACCAUCACUGUUCCUAGGCCCGAGGGGGGCUCGAUGCGAAUUGACAAUCCCUUGUUUCAGUUCCGCAUGCCGACAGACAGGCCAAUGCGGAGUGAGGGGGUGGGAACCGAGAAUACAUGGGAGAAUGACUCUGAGCAGGAAGAUUAUAAGAACUUUGGCAAUGCGAUAGGUACCAGCCGUUGGCCAGACGAAGAGGACCAAAACCCGACUAGCGAGGGUUGGCGACAUGGUGUUGUCAACAAUCGCAAAGUCGCCGAUGCCUUUAAUGCCCACGAGGGGUAUAAUGACAAGAAUCAUGGUCCUGCCGCUGAGAUGGUUUAUCGACUGCUCACUGUUCCUAUGGACUACACCACAUUUGCAAGCACUAAUCCAACUUCGAAAGAUCAGAAUGUUGAGCAAGAUCUGAACAUUGAAUAUAUUCACAACAACAUUCAUGGUUGGACAGGCGAUGCUGGACAUAUGGGAAAUGUGCCAGUGGCCUCUUUUGACCCGCUGUUCUUCUUGCACCAUUGUAACAUCGAUCGGCUGUUUGCAAUCUGGCAAGCUCUCAACCCCGACAAGUGGCUGACCAACAUACCGGCCGACAAUGCUACGAUUCGUGAUUCGUAUGGUAAAGAUCAUGCGGUCAAUGGAAACACCCCGCUUCAGCCAUUCAGACGGGACGCCGAAGGAGAUUACUGGACUCCCGAUGGGGUCAGAUUCACCCCCAACCUGGGAUAUGCCUAUCCAGAGCUACCGCGGUGGGAAAGCAAAUACCGACAGGAGGAUGGAACACUCAACCAGGCUCUGUUCCAAGAGAAUAUCAACACCAUCAUCAAUCGGUUGUAUGGUGUGUCGCGUGAUUUAGCCUUGGACCCUAAGACCCCACCGCCUAAGGGAGUUGAGGCAAUUGACGGUGGACUCCGUGUCACAGACUUUGCCUUCAGCGUUCGAUUUUUGAAAUACGCAUUCGGAGGGCGGCCUUUCUGGGUCAAAUUGUAUCUCGCCCAAGAGGACGGCGUGCAAACUCCGCUCACAGACUUAAUCGCCGAAGUCUACAACUUUAGCCAGAAGCCUGAGCUAGAUGGUUUGUCAGUCUGUGGAAACUGCACGAAGGGACAAACGUUGCGCAUUCAGUCGACUGCUUACAUUCCAAUCACCCCUGUCCUCUACAAGCUGGUUAGGAGUGGGCGGAAACUAACAUCGUUGACGCGCGACGAGCACGGGAAAGAAGUGCCUCGCUAUGAGGUUGAGAAGCUGGAGUUAGAGAUCAUUGGAAGCACUAAUGACACCAAGCAUUUCGAAAACCCCGCGAUACCCCCAUCAUUCGAAAAUUUCCAGAAAGAGCCUACCAUCUCCGGUGGUGCAGAUGGAGCGCUUGAUCCGGAGUUGAAGCAGCCCAAGAUUGACCCACCGGCCCCUCGACCCAAACGGCCAAGAGCAAAUCUCCCACUUCAUGGAAGUCUGCGCUUCCCGCAAACACUCAAAGCGGACAGUGUCAUCCUCCUCGAAUCAUCCAGCGUGGAUCCUGUGAAGCCCGACGUUGGCAUAGACAUGACCCAGAUCUCGAUUAAAGAUGCAGCGAAUGAGAUUAUCUUCCAUAUCUCUAUUCGCCGUCGCCAAGGUCAAAUCAUAUUCAACGCCAAAAUCGGCGGGUCAUGGGGUCAGGAGGAACGCAUUAAUAUCGAUGGUCGAUUCGAAAGUGAGGACGGUGCAACGAUCUUGAUCCACGACCAGGGAGACGGCUUCGAAGUGUCUAUUGACUGGGUUCACGCAAUCUGGUUCGCUAAACGUGCCAAAGGAAGAACACCACAGUCAAUUUCGUAUGACCUUGGUGCCCAGGAGGGAACUUCUACCUUGUCGGAGGAUUUGGAAGUGCGAACCUAUCCUUCUAUGAAGGCUUUGUUCCUCCAAAAGCAUGCUCAUGAGGAGGAUCAGUAA